UACAACCUUGUAUUUGAGAGCAUUCAUUCAUGGUGCUUAUGAGUAUUCUCCUCUCAAUUGCUAUAUACUAAAGGAGACUCUCUCUCUCUCUCUCUCACAUUACCUUUUUCAUCAUAAUAAUAAACUCAAUUUCUCUCUCUCUCCAUUUUCUCUGGAGCAACUUAGACGGGGGAGGGGGUAGAUGACGACGGAGGAUGGAGCAAUGAGGUUCACGGUGGCAUCAGUAAUGGAGGAUGUGUUGCAGCAACACGGAAACGGCCUUAGAGAUCAUGAUCUAGACUCUCGUCGUGCUGAAGAAGCUGCAUCGAGGAGAUACGAGGCGGCUAAUUGGCUGAGGAAGAUGGUAGGAGUGGUGGGAGCUAAAGAUCUGCCUGCUGAGCCAACGGAAGAAGGUUUUAGGCUUGGUUUAAGAAGUGGAAUCAUCCUUUGCAAAGUCCUCAAUAAGGUUCACCCUGGUGCUGUUUCCAAGGUUGUGGAAGGUCCUUGUGACGCGGUUCUUGUUGCUGAUGGAGCUCCUUUAUCAGCGUUUCAGUAUUUUGAGAAUGUUAGGAACUUCCUUGUUGCUAUCCAGGAUAUGGGCUUUCCUACUUUUGAAGCUUCUGAUCUUGAGCAAGGAGGAAAAGCUUCUCGUAUAGUGAAUUGUGUUUUGGCAAUUAAGUCGUAUGAUGAAUGGAAACAAAGUGGUGGAAUUGGUGUUUGGAAGUUUGGUGGUGGCAUUAAGCCUCCUUCACUGGCUAAAGCAUCAUCUUUCGUGAGGAAAAACUCGGAGCCCUUCAUGAACUCUUUAUCCAGAACCUCUUCUAUCAACAACGAGAAGUCUCCUUCUGAGACUGAUUCUAACAACCUGUCCAAUUCAGGUUCAUUGAGCACACUGGUCCGCGCUGUUCUAUCAGAUAAAAGGCCUGAGGAAGUGCCCAAACUGAUUGAAUCUCUGCUAAGCAAAGUUGUCGAGGAGUUUGAAAAUCGAGUUACAAACCAGUAUAAGUUGGCCCAAGCAGCCCCAUCAGAAUCAACUUCUUCACUUAACAGCAGAUCAUUUCAUAAACCUGUUGGUGCAAGAGAGAGGGAAGAGAAGAGUUUCAGAGCAAUAAAGAAAGACGAAACCAAUCAGAAAAGCCUGGUUCUUGAUGAAGAGUUGAAAAAUCGACAAUUUAAACAACUGACAAUCUUCAACCAACAGCAAGAAGAUAUAGAAGGACUAAGACAGACACUCUACACUACAAAAGCUGGUAUGAAAUUUAUGCAGAAGAAGUUUCAAGAAGAGUUCUCUUCUCUUGGCAUGCACAUUCAUGGCCUAGCUCACGCUGCUUCUGGCUAUCACCGAGUUCUUGAAGAAAACCGAAAACUUUACAAUCAGGUGCAAGACCUCAAGGGUAGCAUCCGUGUGUAUUGUCGUGUACGACCAUUUUUGCCUGGACAAUCUAGCUUUUCCAGUACAAUUGGGAGCAUGCAGGACGAUAGCAUAGGGAUUAACACUGCGUCAAGACAUGGAAAAUCACUCAAAUCCUUCAGUUUCAAUAAAGUCUUUGGCCCAUCUGCGACUCAAGAGGAGGUAUUCUCUGAUAUGCAGCCACUGGUCCGUUCUGUUCUUGAUGGAUACAAUGUCUGCAUAUUUGCAUAUGGUCAAACUGGAUCCGGGAAAACAUACACAAUGAGUGGACCGAGAGAUAUAACGGAGAAGAGCCAAGGAGUUAAUUACAGAGCACUAGGUGACCUGUUUCUUCUUGCUGAACAAAGAAAAGACACAUUCCGUUAUGAUAUUGCUGUUCAGAUGAUUGAAAUUUAUAAUGAACAAGUCAGAGACCUUCUGGUUACUGAUGGAAGCACCAAAAGGUUAGAGAUCAGGAAUAGCUCUCAAAAGGGUCUAAGUGUACCGGAUGCAAGUCUUGUGCCGGUUUCUUCAACAUGUGACGUGAUUGAUCUAAUGAAACUUGGGCAUAAGAAUCGUGCUGUUGGAUCAACAGCCUUGAAUGAUCGAAGCAGCCGUUCUCAUAGUUGCUUGACGGUUCAUGUUCAAGGAAGAGACUUGACUUCAGGAGCUGUUCUUCGUGGAUGUAUGCACCUUGUGGAUCUAGCAGGCAGUGAAAGGGUAGAUAAAUCCGAAGUUACUGGAGACAGAUUAAAAGAAGCACAGCACAUCAAUAAAUCUCUAUCUGCUUUAGGAGAUGUGAUUGCUUCACUAGCUCACAAGAACCCUCAUGUUCCUUACAGAAACAGCAAACUCACACAACUCCUUCAGGAUUCUCUUGGAGGACAAGCAAAGACAUUGAUGUUUGUGCACAUUAGUCCUGAAGCAGAUGCAGUUGGAGAAACAAUAAGCACUUUGAAGUUUGCGGAGAGAGUAGCUACAGUUGAGCUUGGUGCUGCCCGAGUAAACAAUGAUACUUCAGAUGUUAAGGAACUCAAGGAACAGAUUGCUACUCUUAAAGCAGCACUCGCUAGAAAAGAAGCAGGUUCACAACAGAACAAUAUAUUAACAACUCCUGGUGGCUCUGAGAAACACAAAGCCAGAACUGGUGAAGUAGAGAUUCAUAACAGUAGUAGUAUCAUGACAAAGAAAUCAGAGAGCUGUGAAGUGGAGGAGAUUACAGUAAACUCACCACCUUGGCCACCGGUAGCCAGUCCAGGCCAAACCUACAGAGAGGAAGACCCAAGUUUCGGGUCAAGUGAGUGGGUUGAUAAGGUUAUGGUGAAUAACAGGCAAGACGAGAUGAGGAGAGUGGAGAGUCUUUGGGGAGGAGGAAUGACAGACAAUGGGAUAAGUGUUCUGCCGGAAGAUUUUUACAGGAGAGAUGUGUCUUCAGACAGUUCAAGAAUAUUCUCUGAACAUUCUUACAACAUCUUCAUGGGAAACAACAACAGCAGCGCAGACGAUCUAGAUGCAGCCACAAGUGAGUCAUCUGAGCCAGACUUGCUCUGGCAAUAUAACCAAUCCGCCUCCAAGAUGUCAUCGACAACAAGCACUAUUGAGUCAACAAAAGCAAAGAAACCUGUCUCAAGACCGAUAAGAAGUCCUCAACUCAGGAACUCAAACACGGUGACACGUCCUUUAGCGAAUGGUUCUCGUGGCACGAAACAGGUUGGUCUUGCUGCUGAUAUGAAGCGAAAAGCAAGCGUCAGACGUUGAAAGACCAUUCACUCACACACGCAUAAAUAUAUACAAUACAGUCGACACCUGGUUCUUUAUUUGAUUAUUUUCUUCCACUCUGGUUUCUUCUUCUUUUUUUUUUUUUUUUCUGGCUGUGCAUGUUUCUAUAUAUAUAACACAGACAAUGGUUGAUAGCUACAGAAUGCAGCAAUAGUUUGUUCUUGUUGCUCUUCUUCUCAUUCUUGGGUUUUGUUUUCUUCUUUUGUCUGUUCUUCUAUGUAUAUUCUUUCAGUAGCUGAACAUAAACGAGAUUUGUAUGUAACACUAUUUGCUUGA